AUGUACAUGUCCUCCACCCUCACCCGCGCCUCACUCAUCAACCUCCUCCUCACGACGACCGCCCGCAUCGCACCCGCAUCCGCAACACUCACAACCACCACAACCACAAUCACAAGCCAUUACACACCGCGCCACUUCCUCCACCAAGCAACCCUCCCUCUCCACCCUCACUGCUCAGCAAUCCAUCUCUACAACAACGCCAAUAAAUACCAAAACCAGCAAAGCACUCACUACUCCACAAUGAGCACACCCAACGAGCAACAACAAACUCAACAAGAACAAAGAGAAGAGGAAAAGAAACCCAUCCUCGCUCUCCCAGACGCCGAAUCAGCUACGAAACUCGACGUUAGCGGGGACGGAUCAGCUGUUGCAUUGGAUCACUUGGGUCCUGUGGUGGUGAAUCAGGAUGGGACGUUAUCGCGCAUCUCGAAUUGGGAGGCUAUGACGGAGAUUGAGAAGAAGAAUACGUUGAGGGUGUUGGGGAAGAGGAAUAAGAUGCGGUUGGAGGCGUUGAAGAGGGAGAGGGGGGAGGGGAAUUAA